AUGGACGACCUGAUCACGCUCUGCACCUCGGACAACCCGCCUGUCGAGCUCAAGGCCUCCCGUGCCGUCCUCGCCGCCAACAGCAAGGUCUUCGCCGACAUGCUUGCGAGCCCACAAGGCCCCGUGGCUGCUUCGCAGGGCCCGCCCGUCGAUCUCGCCGAGACCCAGGCCGAGCUCGAGCCGUUCUUGCGCCUCCUCAACCUCGCGCACGACGGUGGCGACCCGCUCAAGGACCUCGACGACAAGCACUGGCCCGUCGUUGCAAAACUCGCCGACAAGUACGAUUCGGCGCCUGUCCGCACGAUCGCUACUGGCAAGUGCUGGCAAUGGUCCGCCCUCGCCAACGACCUGUCCAGCGACCAAAAUCGGACGGCGUUCGAGACGGCCGUCAAGCUCGGCAACGGUCAGCUCGCCGCGAGCCAGAUGCUCCGCUUCAUGAUGCGCGUGGACGACGAGAAGAAGGUUCGAGAGGCGGUCGGCGAUUCGCAAACUGCCUUUGACGCGUGGCUCAAGCUGCUCAAGACGCACGCCGCCUUCUGGGCCCUCGAGAAGCCCACCCUCGAGUUCUGCGACGCGUGCACGGCCGACGAUGCCUCGCUCGCCGACGCGACGUGGUACCGCGCGAUGCGCGAGGCUUUGAGGGUGUGGGACGACCUCAAAGCGUCCAAGCCUUUCCUUUGUGUCGUGCACGCCAUGAGCGGCGCGCUCAUCGAUGAAGGAGUGCUCUGCGAGAACUGCGAGAACACGUUCGACACGGUUGGCCACUCGUUCGAGCACCACUACCGCGACACGGCGCCCGGCUUUCCGCUCUAGCAGCCUUCUCGCCGUCGCCCGCCCUCUUCGCCCGUCGUCCGCUUCCUCUCCUCCUUGCCUUUCCCUCGGCCCGUAGCGUCGCCCUCGAUGCAUGUCUUUGUUCGACGACGGU